ACUAUCACCAACAGCUUACCCACAGCCAAUCUCAUAAUUGCUCUAUGAUUGUUUCCCUGCUUAUAUGAAAUGCCUGGCAUUGGAUUCCACCCACACCAUUGUGCCUGUGCCUGUGCCUGUUUCAUCUGAGAACCCACUUUGGUUCUUUUGCCUUCUCAUAUAUACACACUUUUUCUCUAAUAAUGGAGGUUGGAAGCAUUCUCAAUUUUCUUCAAGACAAGACCAUUUUAAUUAUUGGAGCCACUGGAUUUCUUGCCAAAAUUUUCUUGGAGAAGAUAUUGAGGGUUCAACCAAAUGUUAAGAAGCUCUUUCUUCUUUUAAGAGCUUCUGAUGCCAAAUCUGCCUCUCAUCGCUUGCACAAUGAGAUCAUAGCAAAGGACUUGUUUAAUGUGCUAAAGGAAAAACUGGGUGCAAAUUUUAAGUCCUUUAUUUCGGAAAAAUUGACCGUGGUGCCGGGGGACAUUACUUAUGAGGACUUGAGUUUGAAUGAUUCCCUUCUAAGGGAAGAGAUCUGCAAUCAGACAGAUGUUAUUGUCAAUUUGGCAGCAACUACUAACUUUGAUGAAAGGUACGAUAUAGCGUUGGAUCUAAAUACCUUCGGAGUUAAACAUGUCAUGAACUUCGCUAAACAAUGUACUAAACUCAAAGUACUUAUCCAUGUAUCAACAGCUUAUGUGUGUGGUGAGAGAGGUGGACUCAUAUUAGAGGACCCAUAUCACUUUGGCGAUUCACUAAAUGGAGUGGAUGGACUAGACAUCGACGCAGAAAAGAAAAUAGUUUGCGACAAAUUGGGUGAACUAAGAGAGCAAGGAGCCACAGAGCGUGAAAUUAAAAUAGCCAUGAAGGACCUAGGUAUUAGCAGGGCAAAGGUGUAUGGAUGGCCAAAUACAUACGUAUUUACGAAGGCAGUAGGAGAGAUGCUUGUGGAACAAUUAAAAGGAAGCCUAUCCGUUGUUAUUAUGCGUCCUACUAUCGUCACAAGUACAUUAAAAGAACCUUUCCCUGGUUGGGCUGAGGGUAUAAGAACUAUAGACAGUUUAGCUGUUGCUUAUGGGAAAGGAAAAUUGACAUGUUUCCUUGGAAAUAUCAACGGAAUUGUGGAUGUGGUACCAGCUGACAUGGUGGUGAAUGCAAUGCUAGUGAUCAUGGUGGCUCAUGCAAAUCAGCCAAAUGAUGUUGUAUAUCAUGUGGGUUCCUCAGUUAGAAAUCCACUCACAUACGCAAAUCUCCAAGACUAUGGAUAUAGAUAUUUCACGGCAAAACCAUGGAUAAACAAGGAUGGAACUCCUGUAAAGGUUGGCAAAGUAAACGUAAUGACCGACAUGGCUAGCUUCCGGAGAUAUAUGUUCAUUCGCUACUUGCUUCCAUUAAAGGGACUAAAGCUGGCCAAUACAGCAUUUUGCAAGUAUUUUGAGGGAACGUAUCUUGAGCUCAACAGGAAGAUCCAAGUUGUGAUGCGGUUGGUGGAACUUUACAGGCCAUAUAUGUUCUUUGAUGGGGUAUUUGAUGAUAUGAACACAGAGAAGUUGCGAUUGGCAGCAAGACAAAGUGGGACAGAGACAGAUUUGUUUUACUUCGAUACCAAACAGAUUGAUUGGGACGAUUACUUUAUGAAGGUUCAUAUCCCCGGUAUUGUCAAGUACAUUUUCAAGUGAUGUUAUAUUACAAGUGAUUUGUGAAGCUGUUAAUUUUAUUAAGUUCAAAUUUGCGC